AUGUCUUCAGACACAGAAUAUCUCGAAUUAAUAAAACGAAGCGGUAAUAGAGCAGUACAUGUAAACCCUCCUCAUGGAUUGGAUAUCCACUUAACAGAAUCAGGGUCUGAUUGGUUAUGGUCAGUCUACUCCGUAUUUGGUGUGCUGGCUAUCAUGUACGCCUGUUUCUUCUUCUACCAGGAGAUGAAAAACGGUUCUCAAUUGGUCAGGUAUACCAUGGCUGGUCCAUUCUUGAUCUCUCUAUUUGAAUUCUUCCAAUACUUCACUUAUGCUUCAAACUUGGGUUGGACCGCUAUCCAAGCAGAGUUUAGGAGCGAGGAUGUCUCUCAUUCAGCAACAAACAUGUAUCCAAAUAUGAGACAAAUCUUUUAUGCCAAGUAUGUUGCUUGGUUCCUAUGUUGGCCUAUCCAAUUGUUUAUGUUGGAAAUGGCAGGUGUGACUAUUAACCAUACUGCUCAAGUAUUUUCCACCUGGGAAAUGAUUCAUUCUUUGCUCGUACAAAUUAUUGGGUUUGAAUAUUGGGUCAUCUCUUUGCUGGUUGGUUCUUUGAUCCACUCCACUUACAAAUGGGGGUACUGGGUCAUGGGUAUCUUCGUUGCCUUUGUGGUGUUGGGUAUUCAAGCCAAGAGACAAAUUGGUGAUUUGCAAAUCAGAGGUGUCUCCCUAGGUAUGUACAUCGUGGCAGUCAUCUGUAUCUUGUUGUAUUUUGUCUGUUGGGGUUUGGCUGAUGGUGGUAAUGCUAUCUCUCCAGAUGGUGAAGCUGUCUUUUACGGUAUCCUAGAUUACUGUAUCUUUGCUAUUUGGACUGGUUACUUGUGUUUCAUCAUCUGUAAGUAUGGUGAAUGGCCAGAAGUGGAAGCUAAUCCAAGACAUGAAAUGGCCACACCAGAUACGACUUCAGAAAAGAAUAUACCUGAUUCUCCAAGAGCCUCUGGCGCCACUGCAAUUGAAGAUGUCACUGAAUCUGGUGAAGAGUUUGAAGAAGAACCUACAGAUGCAGUUCCAGAAGAAGAUCAAGUAGAAAGAGUUUAA